CUUCUUCUUUCUAUGGUGACCUUCUGAAGCAGGUUCCAUUAACCUACUUCUUUAUUAAUUAAGUUAUUUCAGGUAAAUCAAUUAAUCUGCAUUGUUGGCUGCUGUGUGGGUGAGCAGCUGCCUCCUGACAAACAGGAAUUACAUGCUCACCCCCACCCCAAACUUCUGAGCUGGUUUCCUGUUAACUCAUAUUGCAGUCUUAUACUCUUCCACUGUAACUGUCAGUCUCAUGUAUCUUCACUCUCGGAGCAACACCAUGGGGUCCAUGUUUGAGCUCUUCAGCAGCUUUAUUAUUUACCUCUGCCUGCUUCAAGGUUUAAUGAGUCAGAAGACUGCAAAUGUCAGCGUUCAAAGAGGAGACAGUGCCACGCUGAGGUGCAAUUUACCUGACCCACAGGGCACAAAGGUCUAUAUCCAGCAGGUUGAGUGGAGUCGGUGUGACAAAAAUAUAAUCUUCAUUUCCAACAAGAAUCACGGAAACAGUUCUUCUUCCAAUUACACCCAACGUCUCUUCAUGAUCUCUUUCUUGGAGUUGGCCAUCAUGAACGUUGCAAGUAAUGACACAGGGGAAUACUGCUGCUCUUUAACCACAUUCCCUUUGGGGAAAUAUGAGAGCAAAAUCAUUUUAGAAGUAAAAGAUCCUCCUGCUGUCACAGGGUUACCAAACUGGUCUCUGCUCUACAUCAUCGCCAUUCUGCUGGGCAUCCUGCUUCUCAUUGGAGGAAUCACGUGGUACCUGCUUCAUGUUAAGAAACACAGAAAACAGAUUCGGAACCUGCUUAGUACACAUGUGGCCAUUCACAAGCUGUCUGUAAAGCAUCCUCAGCCUCCAAGCAGCAAAACGCCAAACAGUAAUCAGAACAAAGUGGAUGAUGCUGAAGAUCUCUCUGAAGACGGGACAGAAUACUUUAAUAUUUUGUCAGCUCCUCAGCUGAAAAUUAGCCAUAGUGCUAAAGUGUGAAAUGUUUGUCUGUGAUCCUUCUAAGAAGUUUGUACACCUUUAUUCUUUAUUAUUUCUAUCAGACUGAAUCUGCUCUUACACUACUGAUCAUCUUUAUUUUGUACCAGUAAUUUCUCUAUGACACAUUUCUCCUACUUGCAUGGUUUUAUGAGGCAAAAGCCAGAGGUUUGAUAAAAAAAAAUAAAAAUUGAAACACAGACAAACACAUUUUUUAGGUUUCUCAAAUGACAGAGGUAUCAGCAAAUAAAAACAGGUAACAUUUUAUACAUGGAAUGAAUGUGAUCAGAAUAAAAAAAAACAGUAUUCCACAUGCAUCAUUAUAUGUGGUAUUAACAUGCAUUUUGUAGCUGGAUUACAUUUACUUUACAUCAGUCUUUUAAAAUUAUCUCCUGAUUGAGGGUUAAUCUCACCUUCUCCGUGCAAAACUCAAAUUUGCUUCUACAUAAGUGGUUGUUGCAUUUACACUUUUGUUAAAUGUGGUUGCUAUCUGUUUUUGACCACCUCUGUCUAUGGUCUGAGCAAUUGUAUCACACGUUCAUGCAAACCUGGCUUUUAAUGUGGUGAAGUGCCAUCACCGCAUUUACAUGUGAAUGGCAAGAUUAAAGGGGCACAGUUUUAGCACUUAUAUCAUCUGCAAGGUGCAGAGCAAGUAAUGGAAAUUUCUUGAAGACAAAUAUGUUCCCAGACUGGUUUAUUAUAAAUUCUUCUAAGGCCUUCAUUUAAAACUGGCCAAAACAAAGCAACUACUUUUUCACAGCAUUUUGCUUUCUCGCAUACUCUGUACCUGGACUUUGAAACAACAUACAGCCAAUAAAACUGUGUUUGUAUUUCUUGGAUCAUCCAACCCACAGCAAAAUUAAGGUCUGUGAUUGCAUGCAGUCAAACGCUUUCCAAACAAAACCUUAUCGGCAACAUACAGUAAAACCUAUUCAAACUCUUGAAUGCAUUAAUCUCAAUUUUGGUAUGACAUUAAAAGAUAUUGUUUGGACGCUGAAUGCUUUAAGUAGUUCAGUAUAUAAUUAGUGCAGCAGAUCACCUCUCAAGCUGCAGCAGUAGCAUUUACUGACUUGUUUUUUAAUAACUCAAAAAAGAUAAAGGAUUAUUUAUUGCAUUUUAGUUGCCAGUGAGUCCUAUUUCCAGUAAUAAGCCAAUGCAUAAGCCAAGUUUUCUAUCAAUGUUUUUUAAUCUGUACAGCCAAAUUAGUCCUGCCUGUAUGAAAAUGAUGUACAUUAGAGGCAAACAUUGUUUAAUAACUAAUAUUAUGAAGUAUGUGAAUAAAUCUGAUCUCUUACUUGAUACUUUAUUUGCAUACCAUUCACAUCUUCUGUAAUAAUUUUGAUUUUGCCUUACAGUGGUUCAUGCUGCUGCUGCUGCUGCUUCUCCUCAUGUCCAGAAUAAUGGGCAGAAACUUUCUUUAAGUGUAUAGAAUAGAUCAUGGCAGGUUCCCUAAUGAGAAAAUUUGCAGAAAAAGACAGGCUUUGCAAUCAGAACCCAACCUUCAGAAAACAAAAGAAAUGGAACAAGUCAUUUUUAAAUUG